AUCGCAAUUCUGCUCUAUUGCUCCCACCCGUGUUUUGCAACACCAGACUGCAAGCGCCUAUGAACGUAUUAUUGCCUCUGGUUGCGCGCACCAUCGCCAUUUCCAUCUCCUCUUUUGCAACGCCGCCAGCACCCUCCCAUGAUACCGUACCUGGGCCCAGUUGCUCCCAACAUGGGCUCCUCUUCUCCCACUGUUUUGAAACCGGCCCCAGCACUCCAUUAUCCUUGAGAUCUUCACGAUUUUGCAAAAUCCGACCCUCCGCCAUCCAUAGAAACCCGAAAUCUCUAAGAGUUUUGCGAACCCCACACUCUUCCUCGCUGAAGCACUUCUCUUCCUCGGCGCGAGCGAGAGGGUUUAUACCUCAGCUACGAAGCUCGGCAACGUGCUUCACGUGUGCCCUUCAUCCCUCUAUUCCCCUUCCUUUGUCUCGCCUCAGCCUUCCGGCUCUUCUUCACCGCUACUCGCCCACGCCUACCGCUAACUACCCGGUAUCGGUCUCGUAUGAUACGGAGUCUGAUCACGCACCCGAGGCCGGUGUCACAUGCCCUCACCCUGCCGAAUCUUCUCUUCCGAGGAUAAAGACCUCCUUCUCACCGUUCCGGCGUCUUUCUUUCUUUCUUUCUUCCUCGGAGAAGUAGGAGGAGAAGGAGAAGGAGAAGGAGAGGUGUUCAGGGAGUGAUGAAACGCGACUGCUCCUGCUCCCAUGGCUGGGGUGGAGGAGUAGUGGAUUCGACACAUCG